CCGGAAGUGCUAGGCCUGACUGACCUGCUUCUCCUUUUUGAAAUGGCUCGUCCCUUAUCGCUUCGUUGUCUUUCCAUAGCCACCGUUUUUGUUUUCUGUUUUGUUCACAUAGUGUCCCCCAACAAUGGCCGAAGGGUCGGAGAUACUUUGGAGACGGAAUUGAGUGGCUUCUCUGUGCCACUCGAACAUUCAUUUGAAGUUGAUGAUGUGGCGAAGUUCAGCCUUCGUGGCUCGCUGCUGCUGAAAGCUGGCCGAGAGCCUGGGGUGUCACUGAGCCAGAGCCAGCUUUCUGAGGAGGACCGGGUCAAGCUGAAGGAAGUUGCUGCAGUGGACGGACUCUACAGGAUCCGGGUGCCCCGGGUCUUCUUGCAAGCCGAGCGUCAGACAGAGCGACAGUUGGAGGGUCACCUGACGGCUUUUGUCAGAGCCUGUGCGAUGGUGGAGUCUCACCUGAGCGACGUCAUCACCCUCCACACCGACGUCUCCGGCUACUUGAUCGGCGUCUCCAUUGUGACGCACCCCGGAGCCUGCCGAGGCACCGAGGUUGAGGACGAGGUGGAUCUGGAGGUUUUUAACACCACGCUCAGCGUCGUGGCUCCCGUCAACGCACCCGGACCAGAAACCGCCUUCUUCCUGGAACGGAUGGAAAUGGAAACUGAGAAGAAAGGAAAGAAUCCACAAGAGCAGAAGUCUUUCUUUGCAAAAUAUUGGUAUUUGAUUCUGGGAGGUGCCAUCUUCCUCAUGGCUACCAGUUCGUCACAGCCCCCAGCAGGGGGCGGCAGAGAGCAGAGCUGAAUCCUACUGAAUGGAUGUACAUCGUCCCCCUCGUUCUCUUCCUGAUGAUGUCCGGCGCUCAGGAUCAGUCGGCUGGUGGCGCCGGAGGCGGAGCGUCCAACGGCGGCGGCCGAUGAUCAGCGUACUCACACGUGGAUGAGUUUUAACUGCUGUAAAUAUAGUAUUUAAGA